AUGAUUACAACCUCUUUUCCAAAAUAUGUGGCAAUAUUUGCCAUCUUCAUCCCGUGUGUCAGUGCACUGGACACUUUCAUUGCUGCGGUGUAUGAACAUGCUGUCAUUUUACCAAACAGGACAGAAACACUAGUUCCAAAAGAAGAGGCCUUGGUCCUGAUGAACAAGAACUUAGAUGUUCUGGAGAACGCAGUUCAACUGGCAGCGAGGCAGGGUGCACAUAUCAUUGUUACCCCAGAAGAUGGAAUUUAUGGCUGGGUUUUCACAAGAGAGACCAUUUACCCCUAUCUGGAAGAUAUCCCAGACCCUAAGGUGAAUUGGAUUCCAUGUACAGAUCCCCAGAGGUUUGGCUACACCCCAGUGCAACAAAGGCUCAGCUGCAUGGCCAAGGACAACUCCAUUUACAUUGUGGCAAAUAUUGGGGACAAGAAGCCAUGCAAUGCCAGUGACCCUCAGUGUCCCCUUGAUGGUCGUUACCAGUACAACACUGAUGUGGUGUUUGAUUCUGAGGGUAGGCUAGUGGCACGUUACCAUAAGUACAAUCUUUUUGCACCCGAAAUUCAAUUUGAUUUCCCAAAGGAUUCAGAAUUUGUGACUUUUGAGACCCCUUUUGGGAAGUUUGGCAUUUUCACUUGCUUUGACAUUUUUUCUCACAACCCGGCUGUGGUGUUGGUGGAUGAGUUUCAGGUGGACAGUGUUCUGUACCCCGUGGCAUGGUACAACACGCUGCCCCUUCUGUCGGCUGCUCCCUUCCACUCCGCGUGGGCCAGAGCCAUGAGAGUCAACCUGCUUGCUGCGAAUACCCACAACACCAGCAUGCACAUGACAGGGAGUGGAAUCUACACGCCAGAAGGGGUCAAAGUGUAUCACUAUGACAUGGAAACAGAGAGUGGCCAGCUGAUGCUGUCAGAACUGAAGUCCCGGCCUCGAAGCGAACCCACCUAUCCUGCAGCUGUUGACUGGAAUGCUUAUGCCAGAAGUGCCAAGCCAUUCUUGUCUGAACAGUCAGAUUUUCCAGGGAUGAUUUAUUUUGAUGAGUUCACCUUCAUUGAGCUUAAGAGAAACAUAGGAAAUUACACAGUUUGUCAGAAAGACCUGUGUUGUCACUUAACUUACAAGAUGUCUGAGAAACGAACAGAUGAGGUGUAUGCACUAGGUGCUUUUGAUAGACUGCACACAGUAGAAGGUCAAUAUUACUUACAGAUAUGCACAUUGCUGAAGUGUCAAAUCCCUGACUUGAGAACUUGUGGGGAGCCCGUGGGGUCAGCUUUCACCCAGUUUGAAGAAUUCUCCCUCAGCGGCACAUUUGCAACACGCUAUGUUUUCCCACAGAUCAUUCUCAGUGGAAGUCAACUUGCUCCUGAAAGACAUUAUGAGGUUUCACGAGAUGGCCAUCUGAGAAGCCGAAGCAGAACCCCUUUGCCUGUCUUAGUUAUGGCCCUGUACGGAAGAGUGUUCGAGAAGGAUCCUCCGCGCUUAGGGCAAGGGCCCGGGAGAUGA